AUGCUUUGCACGAAGGUGGUGGAGGGAGGAAGCUCGCUCCCGUGGCACUCGAGCAGGGCUGUGGGUGGCGAAGGAGCACACAGCAGACGGCCUCGUCCUGUGCGCGUCCUCGGGAUGGGCGGCCCGCGGACGACCCUGUCUGUCUUCCUUAUUUUUGUGCCUGUGUAUCUGCAUGGGGUUCUGUCGCAGGAAGCCGGCCCUGCAGUGCAAAGAAAACCAUUUUUCGAGAGGCUCCGCAGACUAGAAGAGCAGUUUCGGAGGCUCCAAGAGGUGACCCUCACACACCUGCGGGGCCUUGCCAGCAACUACAACCUGUCCUACGACAUUGACACUCGGUUCCAGAGCCUGGCCCUAGAGACCCAGGCCGUGGCCCUGGCCGUGAACCGGUCACAGGCCGCCGUGCAGGGUGACCUGAGCCACCUCAAGACCUGGGUGCAGAAGUCACAGCGCAGGAGCCGGAAGCUGGACUCCAGGCUGCUGGCCUUGGACUCCGCCCUGAGUGACAGGGACAGGCAGCUGGCCCAGGCGGGGAAGGAGCGGGAGGCACAGGGGGACGGCCUCGCCGGCCUGGGCCUGGCCCUGCGGGCCCUACAGGACACGGUGGCCGGCCUCACGCACCUGGUGCAGAGCCAGGGCGCCAGGCUGGCUGCUCUCGAGGGACGGCUGCAGGUGGCCGGUCCUGGCGCCGUGGCCCCGGGGCCGACUUCGGCCCUGCCCCCGCCCCCGCCCCUGCCCCUGCCCCAGCUGGGGCUGCCAAGCCCAGGCUCCCCGAAGCUGCAGAGGGGCGGGCAGGCGCUCAGAGCUCCGCCUGAGCCCGGGGACCCACCUCAGGACUUCGCCGGCCGUCUCCAGGGGACGCGGGAGCCACCAGGCCCAGGCAGCCGGCGGACCCGGCCGCCCGAGAGACCAGGAGAGGCCUGCAACGUGGGCCCCGUGCUCGUCUUCCCCAACGCCUCCACCCAGAACGUCGCCUUCCUGAGUCCCGGCUUCCCCGCAGGCCUGCGGGCCCUGUCUGUCUGCAGCUGGGUCCGCGUGGCCUCGGGCCACCUGGGCACCCUGCUCUCCUACGCCACCGAGGAGAAUGACAACAAGCUCGUGCUGCACGGCAGGGACUCCCUGGUCCCUGGCUCUGUCCACUUCGUGAUCGGAGACCCGGCCUUCAGGGAGCUGCCCCUGCAGCCACUGCUGGAUGGCCGGUGGCACCACGUGUGUGUCAUCUGGACGUCCACGCUGGGCAGGUACCGGCUCCACAUAGACCGCAGGCUAGUGGCCACUGGCUCCCGCUUCAGGGAGGGCUACGAGAUCCCUCCAGGGGGGUCCCUUGUGCUGGGCCAGGAGCAAGACAGCGUGGGGGGUGGGUUCGACAGCUCCGAGGCCUUUGUGGGGAGCGUGGCGGGCCUGGCCAUAUGGGACCGGGCACUGGUCCCCGGGGAGGUGGCAAGCCUCGCCACUGGGAGGGGGCUCCCUCCGGGCGCUAUCCUCACGCUGGACGACGCCCACCGGGUGGGCGGAUUCGUGCAGAGGGUGAACUGCAGCUGCCUGGCGCUCUGUCCCUGA